AUGGGCAAGUCGUGCCGGGACAUGGCGGAGCAGCUCCGCGACUGCAUGCUCGAGAUGGAGUGCAUGAGCGACGGGAAGCGGACGCUCAAGACGUGCCUCAAGCUCGACGAGUACAAGCACGAGUGCAAGGAAUACCGCUACGCGUACUUUGAGUGCAAGCGUGGCCAGAUCGACAUGCGCCAGCGCAUCCGCGGGCCCAAGGGCGGCGCGUCGCAGGACUAA